CACAACACGGCUGUGACGCCUGUGGAAUGGCAGCCGGCUAUGCAGCCAUGGCGCCGUGUUUGCCCCGAAGGGCUGGAGGUCCGCCCCUGUGGCGGCGCAGACGUGGUGAAGGGCAACGGGCUGUUCACCACCAGGGCUUUGGAGGAGGGGCAGCUGCUGUUCCAAGAAGAUCCAGUGGAUGGGAUGGCGCUGCUGAUGUUCGAUGAGCCCAACAGGGAAAACCACUGCCAGCAUUGCCUGCGCCGCUUUUUUGGAGGUGCUGAGGUGGGCUGUCCACAAAACUGUGGCGCGCGGUACUGCUGCGGGGUUUGCCGGAGCAAUGCCUCGGUGCAUCAUGACGUGCUUUGUGCCGCUGCAAACCCGCACUGGGCAGACUUUGAGCAGCAGGCGCGCGAGUGCGGCAACGAGUACUACCUGCUGGCGGCAAGGGCGCUUGCAGCGGACGGCUCCGAGAGCGACGCAUGGGCAGCAUGGGCAGACUAUGCAGCACCGCCCUGGUGGGAGACCAUGCGCCGGCCGGCGUACAGCGACUCAAGUGCUUCAUGCACUGGCGAGCACUCCUCUCGCAGCUCCUCUCCUGUCUUCGAUUCGGAAGACAAGGCCUCCCUGGACCGCUUCUUCCGAGACGCCGUGCGGUCCCAGACCGCCGACAUGGCGCUUUUGCUGCAACGGGUGCUGGAGUGUUCCGCGCCAGGCGUGGAAUCGCUGCCAGCGAAGGAGUUGUCGGCAGAGGCACUGGGGCGGCUCAUGGGCCUGGUGCGUGUGAACGCCAUGGCAGUGGUGGCGGCCUCUGACGACCUAGCUCCGUUUGCGGCGAGCUCCGAGUCCGGGUCGAGUUCGCAGGACUCUUCAGAAGCUCCGCUGGCGCGGGGCAUGGCCAUCUACGCUGUCACCUCAGCGAUGAACCACGCUAGCGAUGCAAACUGCUUCGUGGCCAGCGACCCCUCGGCGCCGCAGCGGUGCCUGGUGCAGACGCUGCGCCCCGUGGUGCCCGGGGAGGAGCUUUGCAUCAACUACCUGCAGGGCUCGCACUACACCGAGGAGCAACGGCGGGAGGUGCUGCAGCAGCAGUACAACAUCCAUUGAGAGCGACCCGAGCCUUCCAGUCGGAUGGGUUUUCGCCUCGCGAACGGCGGGGCCAUGCCGAGGAAAAAGGGCGAGAUUUACCACGAAAACGGCGAAG